GCACCGACCGGAUCUAGCUGAGACAUCAAGACCUAUGCUAUGAGAUAAAUUGGGCACCGGGAAAGAUCAAUCCCGCGGACUACUUAUCAAGAUACGCCAUCCCAUUUAAGAACCUGGCUAAAACAAUUCAGAGAGAGUCCAACGAACUUGAGAAAACGGUGUGGAUGCUACAGUACUCCCCAUAUACAGAAUCGGUCUCAAUGAGACACAUCGUCCACGAUACGGCGAACGAUAAAACACUCUCGAAACUAAAGCAAUACAUACACAAAGGAUACGUCCCUCGUUCGGAACCAGACCUCGACCCGUACAGAAAGCUUCUGCCGGAAUUAAGCAUAGUGGACCAAAUGAUAAGGGAACCAAAAUCGUCCUACCACGGUCACUAUGGAAGUCGGCGAUGGCGAAGGCACACCAAGGAGGCCACCCGGGGAUCAAUGGACUAAAAAGACGAAUCCGCAGCCAUUUCUGGUUUCCAAACAUAAACAAGAUGGCAGAAGAAACAGUCCAAGCAUGCAAACCAUGUCAACUGUACACAAACACAACGAUGAAAGAACCAUUGAUGUCAAUCCCUUACCCCGAACAACCAUGGCAAGACCAGCGAAGGUUGUUAACUCAACGGGAGCCAAGGAUGUGAUUCCGGCGAUUGCCGGUAUAUACAACAGCUACGGGAACCCGGACAACCACCGGACAGACAACCUCACUGGCUAG